GAGCCCAGCUCUGCCAAUGCAGUGUGCGUUCCUUAAAGCCCUGAUAGUCUGUAGACACAGGAUCCAGGAGGAAUUUUCAACACACUGAGAAACAAGGAUGGUGGUCUGCAUACUGUUGUGGUGGAUUCUAAAAGUGCUUACCCUGUCUUGCUUGCUGAAAACGGCUCUGUCCUUAAAUCCAGAUGAUCCCAAUGUUUGUAGUCACUGGGAAAGCUAUGCUGUGACAGUGCAGGAAUCUUAUGCGCACCCUUUCGAUCAGAUCUAUUAUACGAGAUGUACUGAUAUACUGAACUGGUUCAAGUGCACUAGACAUCGAAUAAGUUAUAAAACAGCAUAUCGAAGAGGACUAAGAACAAUGUAUCGGCGAAGAUCUCAGUGCUGCCCUGGCUAUUAUGAAAGUGGAGACUUCUGCAUACCUCUCUGCACAGAAGAGUGUGUGCAUGGAAGAUGUAUAUCUCCAGAUACCUGUCAUUGUGAACCAGGCUGGGGAGGCGUUGACUGCUCCAGUGGUUGUGAUAGCGAUCACUGGGGACCACAUUGUAGCAACCGCUGCCAAUGCCAGAACGAGGCUCUCUGCAACCCUAUCACUGGCGCCUGUGUCUGUGCAGAUGGGUACAAAGGAUGGCGCUGUGAAGAGCUCUGUGACCCUGGGACUUACGGAAAGGGCUGCCAGUUUAAAUGCCAGUGCUACAAUGGAGCAACCUGUGACCAUAAAACAGGAGAAUGUCAUUGUGCUCCGGGAUACACGGGGGUAUUCUGUGAAGAGCACUGCCCUCCAGGCAGUCACGGAGCUCAGUGUGAAUUGCGCUGCCCGUGCCAGAAUGGGGGAGUCUGUCACCAUAUCACCGGCGAGUGCUCCUGUCCUCCUGGAUGGAUGGGUUUUGUAUGUGCCCAGCCAUGCCCUUCCGGAACCUUUGGAAUGAACUGCAGCCAGGAUUGUCCAUGCCAUAACGGAGGACAGUGUGAUCAUGUGACGGGAAAAUGCCUGUGUACCGCUGGAUAUAUGGGAGACAGGUGUCAAGAGGAGUGCCCUAUUGGGACAUAUGGCUUUCAGUGCACUCAGAAAUGUGACUGUCAAAAUGGUGCAAAGUGUUACCACAUAAACGGAGCAUGUAUGUGCGACCCUGGGUUUAAAGGGAUUCGUUGCCAAGAAAGAAUGUGUCCAGAAGGGCUUUAUGGCCUAAAAUGCCACAAGAAAUGUCCUUGUAAUAUUAACAACACUCUCAGCUGCCAUCCACUCUCUGGAGAAUGUACCUGUAAAGCUGGCUCGGCUGGACUCUAUUGCAACGACACCUGUCCUCCUGGAUCCUAUGGCGAAGGCUGCCAGCUCACCUGCCUUUGCCAGAACGGUGCAGAUUGUGGUAGUGUGACAGGAAAAUGCACCUGUGCUCCAGGAUAUAUGGGAGAUGAUUGCUCCAUUACUUGUGGGGCCAGAACCUAUGGAGCCAACUGCUCGUCAGUGUGUAACUGCAAAAAUGAUGGUGCAUGUUCCCCCGUGGAUGGCUUUUGUCUUUGCAGAGAAGGAUGGCAGGGGGUUGACUGCUCCAUUCCAUGUCCAAGUGGAACUUGGGGUCUUAACUGUAACCAAACAUGUUACUGUAACAAUGGAGCAGCCUGCAAUCCAGUGGAUGGGUUUUGUCUUUGUUCGCCUGGAUGGCAAGGAGAGUACUGUGAUCAGGCGUGCCCUGAUGGAACAUAUGGCCUUAAUUGCAGUGAACACUGUGACUGUAGCCAUGCAGACGGGUGUGAUGCUGUCACUGGUUAUUGCUGCUGUCUUGCCGGGUGGACAGGCAUCCAUUGUGAUAAUGUAUGCGCACAGGGCCGCUGGGGACCAAACUGCUCCAUCUCUUGUAACUGUGAGAACGGGGGAUCCUGCUCGCCGGAGGAUGGGACUUGCGAGUGUGCGCCAGGAUAUAGAGGACCCAUGUGCCAGAGAAUUUGUUCACCUGGCUUUUAUGGGCAUCAUUGCAGUCAAGCAUGUCCCCCGUGUGUGCACAGCAGCGGGCCUUGUCACCAUGUUACUGGACGUUGUGAUUGUUUGCCUGGAUUCUUUGGCUCACUCUGCAACCAAGUGUGUGCCAGUGGAAGGUAUGGGAAGAACUGUGCUGAGGUCUGUCAAUGUACCAACAAUGGCACAUGCAAUCCUAUUGAUGGAACUUGUCAAUGUUUUCCAGGAUGGAUAGGGAAAGACUGCUCUCAGACUUGUCCAGCUGGUUUUUGGGGUCCAGAUUGCUUUCACACGUGCAACUGCCACAAUGGAGCAAUGUGCAAUCCUUACGAUGGAGAAUGUAGAUGUACCGCUGGUUGGACUGGGCUCUAUUGUACUCAGCGUUGCCCAGCUGCCUUUUAUGGAAGAAAUUGUGCCAAUGUUUGUCAGUGUCAGAACGGAGCAGAUUGUGACCACAUCACUGGGCAAUGCACAUGCAGAACUGGAUUUACGGGCAAACAGUGUGAGCAAAAGUGUCCACCAGGAUCAUUCGGUUAUGGUUGCAAACAGCUAUGCGAAUGCAUGAAUAAUGCUACAUGUGAUCAUGUCACUGGUACAUGCUACUGUAGUCCAGGCUUCAAAGGAAUCAGGUGCGAUCAAGCGGCUCUUAUGAUGGAAGAAUUAAAUCCCUAUACUAAAAUUAGCCCCGCUCUCGGAUCAGAGAGGCACUCAGUGGGAGCAAUCAUUGGAAUUAUUAUUCUCCUUCUAAUUAUUAUGGUUUUGCUGGCACUGUUUGUGUGGUAUCGACGGAAACAGAAGGAGAAGGGGCAUGACAUGCCAAGUGUAUCUUACACUCCAGCCAUGAGGAUGACUAAUACAGAUUACUCACUUUCUGAUGUAUCUCAAGGUAGCGGCAGUGUACAUUGUUUUUCCAAUCCAAGCUACCACACUCUGUCAUGUGGUGUGACUUCACGCUUCUUUACCAAUAAUCUGGAUGGAAACAGCUCCAGUAAGCUCAGUAACAAAGUCCUUGACAGAGAAACUGCAGACCGGAGACCGUACAGCUAUCUGAAUGAACUAGGUGCUUGUGGGAUGGAUAGACGUCAGAACACAUACAUAAUGGAAAAAAACUUCAAAGCGGGGGCAACUGGGAAUUCAGAUAUUUUGCAAGUCCCACCAUUGCACCGGGCGUGUUUCAUAGAUACCAGGAUCUGCCUUUGUACUGUAAACCAGCACAAGAAAAUGCCUCAUCUUUCAUUGCAUCGCUCUAGUUCUAAAUUAAUGGCAAUGCACAGCAGCAGGACUGCACACGGCAGCAAUGAGUAUAUGAAAGAAUCUGUGUGUAGUUCAAGCACCUGCUCUCUGAACAGCAGCGAAAACCCAUACGCCACCAUUAAGGAUCCACCCAUCUUGACAUGUAAACACUCGGAGAGCAGUUAUGUGGAAAUGAAAUCACCCAUUCACAGGGAUUCGCCCUAUUCAGAAAUGCCAACCUCAUCAACGACUAAUAAAAAUAUAUAUGAAGUUGAGCCCACUGUCAGUGUGGUCCAAGAAGCCCGUGGUCGUAGUGCUAAUUACAACCAGAAUCCAUAUGACCUGCCGAGGAACAGCCACAUUCCUAGUCAUUAUGACCUUCUCCCUGUAAGACACAGCCCUACCCAUGGGGCAUCUUGGGACAAGCAGUCUUAAAGGGAUACGCUUCGCUGUCGCAAUGUGCUGCGAACAUUCUCUCUGACUAAAUGAAAGAAACGAAGACAAUCCUUUUUGGUUUUGCAAUACACUGACGUGACUUGAAAUAGUAUUACACAAGGAACCUAACCUAACAGAACAUUCGUUUGGGCCAACUUGCUGCUGCAUGAUAUGGAAAAAGAUGUUUUUAUACAGAUCACAGAAAAAUAAAGAACCAUCAUCUCCAUCUGACUGGAAUAAUUACUCAAGGAAGCAGUUUGCAUAGUCCAGUCAAAGACUCUACAGACUGUGUUCUCUUAACUGUAAACUAAAAACAACCCACCCACCCCCAACUGUAAGUACUUACAGCUACAGAUGUACAUUUCUACCACCCACAUAAAGAGACCUUUACUGUUAGAAACAAGAUGUCUAAAAAGAUGCUGGAAUAUAUUUUACAUACGCAUCGUGGAAAAGGAUACACUCAAAAAACCCAGGAAAGACUGCUGUUUAAUUCAGCUGAUAUAAUUUGUAAACCUUGGUUCAUGCUGUCGUCAUAUCCAUUCUAUGUACAUGUCGAUUUUAUUCUUGGUAAAUUAGUUUUGUAAUAAGUUCCUGUUUCUGCUGGCUGCCAAGAUAUUUUAGUAGAGGACUAUUACAUAUACACCGUCUAUGGUUAUUCUCAAUGCCUCCUGCUCACUUUAAGCGAUGUAAAUCUUCACAAGUCUCCAGUGAUCUUUAACUAUAGAGCUCAUCUAAACCAUAGAGCUCUCAUGCGCAACAUAUAUAACAAUGGCCAUACUGGGCCAGACCAAUGGUCCAUCUAGCCCCGUAUCCUGCCAGAGGCAACAGACGGAAUUAAUAGAACAGGGUAAUCAUCGAGUGAUCCAUCCCCAGCAUCUGGCGGUGAGAUUCUUAGGAAUACAUUUUUAACAAACUAUGGAAAGCCUUUGAUUGUUGGUGGUGUUUUAUUCGGCCUUAUACAGCUGCUACUUUAUUCGAUACAGUGGCCCAGACUGUCGUCUGCUCUAAAUUGGCAUAGAGCUUCAGUGACUUCAAUGGAGCUCUGCAGAUUCACAGCGGCUGAGAAGCUGUUCCACUGUCAGUGUGUCAAAAAUCUAACCCUGUUUCUGUUCUGCACCCAAACCAAUGCUUUCUAAGCCAUCAUGGGCUUUCUAGACCAUCUUUACAAGCCACUCCAUCGUAGCUAAAUUAAUUGCAUGCCAUUUAUAAUAAACCCUUUAAUUUCAUCUGCAUUACCAUGUAGUGCAACUUUAUCCACCGCUGAGUCUACCUGAAAUGUCAUUAAACUGAGCUGUGACCGGAUUUCCUUUUUAAACAGCUGUUUGUGGAAUAAUUACCAUGAGGUUUGCCUGUGGUAUGGCUUUGGAAUAAGCCUCCCAGAUUAUUUUUUGUAGUCCUUGACAUAGAAAAUAGAAUACUUGCUAUUAAGCAGUUUCUUGUAGAUCUUGAGCAUGAAGUAGUAUUGAUGCUAAGUAUGUAAUUUUAUUAGGCAAAUGUGGGAGUAGCAAAUUGAUUGCAUCUUAAAUAUAAAAGUCUGUUGCGCUUUUGCUGUUCUGAUGGAACUAUAAGAGAAAGAAAAGCAACUGUGAUCAGUUUGUUAACGCACGAAUUGAUUAGUUAAAAAUAAUAAUGCAGGAAAUAGUGGCCUAAGGGCCUGGUAGUAAGAUUCAGAGCCUUUCACCUCUAGAUCCCCGGUUUGAAUCCAGCUCCAGCUGGGAGUCAUGUUAGUGGAUGAUAGGCCUACAGGAAAUGAACUGGUCCGGGGGCCAGUCUAGUUCCUAGCAGACAGGAGUUUAAUGUCAUAUGGAGAAGCCCAUCGCAGUUUGAACCCUUGAUGGUACUCGCCCAGAGGCCAGGAGCCAAAUGUGCUGUGGAGACUGAACUACCUGCUCAGUGCUGGGAUCGAGGCCUAGCGCCAGGGCUGUGCAAAGAAGCUUGCAUUAAUGCUGACUGAGCCUGUACUCUACUUCUUUGUGCUUCACUGCUGUCAAUCCGGUAACGUACUAAGUUCUCUUGGCAAGGGGUGGGGGGAAGCACUGGCACUACAGCGUUAAAAAAAAGCUGGAAUCUUUCAUAGGCAGAGGUGGGCACAAGUUCAGAAACCCUUUAUGCAACUGGCAACUUCUGCAGUUCAGACAGAACUCCAGAGAGCUCUUUCCCCAUAGGGUUCAAAAGAAGCUGAUAUUCACGUUGCAAGGAAUACAUAAAUAUUUACAUGAAUGCUGCAUGUAUGCAUGGGGGCAAAUGAUUGAUCAGCAAUAGUAAUUUUGCUUUCCAGAAAAGCCUUCUUCAAGAUGUAACUAGACAAUUCUUUUGUAGGGCCAGGUAGGAAUAUAUUUUACUUAGCAUAUAGAAAGACUUACCUCAGAAAUAUCAAUAAAAAGGCAGUUAAUUACGUACGGCUAUUGUUAGAGACUUACCAUACGUCUAACACUAGCACACAGCAAUGUAAGCUGCAAGCCUAAACAACGUGUAUGUUGUGUUACUGUACAGUCUGAGAUGGGACUUUGGAGAGCAGCGACACGCUUGACUUUUUCAAAGCUGGAUUUCCAAACCAAAUGAAAUGAUGUGCAUAGAGGUUAACAGGAGGGGGGAAAAAAUACAUUCUUGUACAUUAGCAUUAGUUUAGAAAUUAGACACUGAAAUGGCAAUACUUUUUUAAAGCAAGACAGAUUUGUAAUAUAUUUGUUCACUGUGCUAAGGUACUUCUACCUUGUACAAAAUA